AUGGAGCCUUAUAUAUUUCAAGCACUGGUUGAUCGUCUAAGAGAAAAAUCCCUCCUCUGCAACUCAAAACGGACAACAGUCGAGAAGCAACUAGCAAUGUUCAUGUACACUCUAGCUCAUAAUGCUAGUAACCGUGAUGUGCAAGAGCGAUUUCAACAUUCUGCGAAACGAGGUGUCCGUUACCAUUUGCAGGAGCAAGGUCGAGCGCAAACUAGACCGAGCAAUUAUAAAGAACUAUUUAAUUUGCGACAUGCGUCAUUACGGAAUCAUGUUGAACGCAUUAUCGGCAUUUUGAAGAUGAGGUUCCCAAUCCUUAAAGUAGCAACUUUCCACCCAAUAGACUCUCAAACUGAUAUAGUGGUUGCUGCUUGUAUGUUGCAUAACUUCAUCCGUAUACAUAAUGGUACAGAUGUUGUUGAGGAUUUCGAUAAUGAAGCCGAAGAAACAAUUGUUCCUAAUGGAGAUGAGUCAUACGGAGAGGAUGUUGAAACCAUGAACUUUGAGCGAACUGCAGGUGCUCGUAAAAGAGAUGAAAUAGCAAUGCAAAUGUGGAAUGAUUAUUGUAGCUACCGCCGAGCUUGA